UUGGCCAUCAACUCCGAAUCAAACAUGCCUCGCGGACGCGUAAACAUGCCCACCUCGCACUCUGCUCCUUCCUCCCCCCACUCUCAUCCCGACUACAUUGACAUCGACGUCGACAUCGACAUUUCCGAACAUCCCCAACACGACACUCCGAUGUCUGACAAAGUAACCCCCGCUCGUGGCCAAGGCCGCAUGCAAUACGUAGGCGAUGCUGCCGACGCGAAGCGAGACAACAAGGAGAACAUGGCGUCCUGGCAGCGAGAGAUCACGACAGGAUCAAGGAGUACCCGGACAACAUCAACAGCUGAUCCAAGUGGGAAACUUGAGAACGCGAUGUAUGGGCCACUGAUGAAAGCACUGGAGCGAAUGGUAAGGCCGUUCCCGCACGGAAAGCGGCCCAAGUUCCACAACUACGAGCACAAGGUCAUGAAGUUUCCGUUCGAGCCGUACGAACACGACCAACACCCCACGAAGCCCGACGUCAUUGCGACGUUCCCGACACUACCUUUCAUCUCUCCGCUGCAUCGCUGGAGACAUGUCGCUCUCGUCUUCGAACUCAAGUCGCUGGCGUCGGCCGACCCGAUGAUGAUGAACAUGCAGACGCACUGGGAGACGCUCGUGCAGCUUGCAAAGAGCGCGCGGAACAUCAUGCUCUCGCAGGGGAGACUGUUCGCGUUUGUCGUCGGUAUAUAUGGCGAUCAGGCUCGUAUCUUUCGCUUUGACCGCGCCGGUGCGAUAUGCUCGCCCAAGUUUGCGUACAAGAAUCAUCCGGAGAUCUUGCACGCGUUCAUGUGGCGCUUGUUCCACCCGCGAGACAGGCGUUGCGCGAUCGUCGGGGAGGAUCCGACGAUGAAGCUGGGAACGAGUAUGGACCGGGAGCUGGCAGACAAGCUCGCAUCGAAGUACGACGAUGAAUGGAAAAGGACCGCGGAGACGCGGAAGGCAGUGCGACGGAUUACCAUGCAGGACGAGAAGGGAAAGCCGACGACGUACCUCGCAUACAAGCUGAUCUUCGUGAACUCUGGCUCGUUCAUCGUCGACAAGAGGAACCGAAGCACAGGCGAACGAUACAUUCUGAAGGAGACGUGGCGGCAGCUUGGUCGCCUCGAUGAGGUCGGCUUCUACGAGAGGCUACAGUACGCGAAGCUCGAAGAACACAAGGAGAAUCAGACGAAGGAUCGUGGCGUGGUCGAGGCAGAGACCAACGACGACGUCGAGGUCGAAGGGAAACUUGCGGCGGAGGUACAGGCCCUAGGCGAGGCCAGAUUCACGUACGGUGUCGCGAGGUACAUAUACGGCGAGGACUACGGCGAGAGGGAUGAAGCACAUCGGAAGCUUGUGGAGCAGGCAGAGACCUCUGGAGCUCCUGUGCCCGAGGACACGAAGGCGGGUCACCGGACGAUCUCUGGGGUGCAUAAUGCGCCUGAGAAGACAGUUGGGACGCCGCUGGCGAUUCAGGUGCACGCGGGAGGUCGUAUUGCGCUGCGCGAUGCUGUGGAAGGACACAGAAGGGCGUACGAAGCUGGGAUUAUACACCGCGACGUCAGCGAAGGGAACGUGAUGAUCUCGCGCCUUCGUGCUGCGUUCGCUGGCUUCAUUCAAGACUUUGACUUCAGCUUCAGCUGGCGACGGUUCUUGCAAAAGCGUGGCUGGGAUGUGAAUCUGGCCACAUGGGAGAAGUACUGCGUCGAACACGGCACGAACCGCCCGGGACGACGAGAAGACUGACCCCGCGAACGACUGCAAGGAGCGCACAGGCACGAUCCUCUUCAUGGCAGUUCAGGUCUUGAAGGGCAAGAUCACUCAUGAAGCACGUCAUGACUUGGAGUCGUUCUAUUGGCUCCUGAUAUUCAUAGUCCUUCGGCACACUGAUCAUGACCAUGAUUCCGGAAAAUGCGCUUUUGGAGAUCUCUUCUGUCUCGACUCUAUUGAGCAAUGUAUGAGACAGAAACGAGACUGGCUACAGGACGAAACAACCCCUGUGAGGGUUC